CGACGGCGGGGCAGCCGAGCUAGAAGAGCCGGGGUGGGGGAAGGAGCCCCGGGGAGGGGGGUGGGUCGCAGCGCGGACGGCUGGUGCGAGGGGCGCCCCGAGCCAUGGAGAUGAGGCAGAGAUGGUCCACAAGGUGGAAAACGAAACGGUGGUUCUGGGACUCCGCGCUCCUCAUCACUUGGACGCUCCUGCUGCUGGAGGCUGCGGAGGUCCGAGGAGCUGAACCAGUUGACGUGCUCAAAGCAUUAGAGUUUCACAAUUCACCAGAAGGAAUAUCAAAAACAGCCGGAUUUUGCAUAAACAGAAGGAAUUCCAGAGGAUCAGAUGUUGCAUACAGGGUUUCAAAAAAUGCACAACUCAGUGCCCCAACAAAACAAUUGUACCCAGGUGGAAACUUUCCUGAAGAUUUUUCAAUAUUAUUUACAGUAAAGCCUAAAAAAGGAAUUCAGUCCUUUCUUUUAUCUAUCUACAAUGAACAAGGUAUUCAGCAAGUUGGCGUUGAGGUAGGCAGGUCACCUGUUUUCCUCUUUGAGGAUCAAAAGGGAAAGCCUGCUCCAGAAGAUUAUCCCCUUUUUCGGACAGUUAACAUUGCAGAUGGAAAGUGGCAUCGAGUAGCCAUUAGUGUGGAGAAGAAGACUGUUACCAUGAUUGUGGACUGUAAGAAGAAAACCACAAAACCACUUGAGAGGAGUGACAGAACUAUUGUUGACACCAAUGGCAUCACUGUCUUUGGAACAAGGAUUCUUGAUGAGGAAGUCUUUGAGGGUGAUAUCCAGCAGCUGUUGAUUAUCAGUGAUCCCAGAGCAGCCUACGACUACUGUGAGCAUUACAGCCCUGACUGUGAUUCCCCUGUGCCCAAUGCUCCUCAGGCUCAAGAGCCUCAAGUUGAUGAGAAAAAGAAAUCCAAAGCCCCAAAGAAGAAGAGGACAGUGGCUGCUAAGUCAAAGAACAAUCCCCAAAAGUUCACACUCAAAAAAUCUGAAACAUUUUCAUCUAAGAAGAAGAAAAGCUAUCAAGCAACAGCAACAGGCAAAAUAGGGGCCAACAUUGUUGAUGAAUAUCAUGAAUAUAAUGUGGCUGAAACCGACUAUGGGACUUCAGAGGGCUACCAGACUGCAACUCCUAGCCAGACGAUGGAACCAAAUGAGCAAAAUCCAGUUGAAGAAGUAUUUACUGAAGAAUACCUAACGGGAGAGGAGUAUAAUUCAGAGACUAAAAAAAACGAGGAAAGAGAGUAUGGAAGCAGAGGAACAGUAGACCACAGUGAAUCUGAAGUUCUGGUAGAUGGAGAUUUAGGCGAAUAUGAUUUUUAUGAAUAUAAAGACUAUGAAGAGAAGCCUACAAAUCCCACUAAUGAGGAGUUUGGGCCUGGUGUUCCAGCAGAGACUGAUAUCACAGAAGCAAGCGUGAAUGGUCAUGGUGCUUAUGGAGAAAAAGGACAGAAGGGUGAGCCAGCUGUGAUAGAACCUGGGAUGCUUAUUGAAGGACCACCAGGACCUCCAGGACCUGCUGGUCUUAUGGGUCCUCCUGGCACUCAAGGUCCCACAGGUCCUGCUGGUGACCCUGGUGAUAGGGGUCCACCAGGACGUCCUGGUCUUCCAGGUGCUGAUGGCUUAGCAGGACCCCCAGGUACCAUGUUAAUGUUGCCGUUCCGUUUUAGUGGCGGUGGUGAGAAAGGUCCACCAAUCUCUGCUCAAGAGGCUCAAGCACAAGCUAUACUUCAACAAGCCAGGAUUGCCAUGAGAGGGCCAUCCGGUCCUAUGGGACUCACUGGAAGACCAGGUCCUGUGGGUGGUCCUGGAGCCUCAGGUGCCAAAGGGGAUGGUGGAGAUCCAGGUCCUCAGGGCCCUCGAGGUAUACAAGGUCCAGCUGGACUUCCUGGAAAACCAGGCAAACGAGGUCGUCCAGGUGCUGAUGGAGCAAGAGGGAUGCCGGGGGAACCUGGUUCGAAGGGUGACAGAGGUUUUGAUGGCCUUCCUGGUUUACCUGGUGAUAAAGGUCACAGGGGAGAUCGUGGACCACAAGGACCUCCUGGUGCUCCCGGUGAAGAUGGGACGAGAGGAGAAGAUGGAGAGGUUGGACCAAGAGGCCUCCCAGGUGAAGCUGGUCAGCGAGGAUUACUGGGCCCAAGAGGGUCACCCGGCCCCCCAGGACAACCUGGAAUUGCAGGUAUUGAUGGUCCACAGGGUCCCAAAGGAAACUUGGGCCCUCAAGGGGAACCAGGACCUCCCGGCCAACAAGGAAUUCCAGGUCCACAAGGACUUCCAGGUCCACAAGGUCCAAUUGGAGUUCCUGGUGAAAAAGGACCACAGGGCAAGUCAGGUCUUGCUGGACUUCCUGGUGCAGAUGGCCCUCCUGGUCACCCAGGCAAAGAAGGUCAAUCUGGAGAGAAAGGUGCCAUGGGGCCUCCAGGUCCUCAAGGUCCAAUCGGUUAUCCUGGUCCUCGUGGUGUAAAGGGUGCAGAUGGUGUUCGUGGUCUCAAGGGUGGAAAAGGUGAAAAGGGUGAAGAUGGUUUUCCUGGUUUUAAAGGUGAUAUGGGACUUAAGGGUGACAGAGGUGAAGUUGGUCCCCUUGGCCCUCGAGGAGAAGAUGGUCCUGAAGGUCCCAAAGGUCGUGCAGGUCCAACAGGAGACUCAGGUGGGCCUGGUCAAGCUGGGGAAAAGGGCAAACUUGGUGUGCCAGGAUUGCCAGGAUAUCCAGGAAGGCAAGGACCAAAGGGCUCCACUGGUUUCCCUGGAUUUCCAGGUGCCAACGGAGAGAAAGGUGCAAGGGGCUUGCAUGGCAAACCAGGUCCACGGGGACAACGAGGACCAACGGGACCACGUGGGUCGAGGGGCCCAAGAGGCCCAACUGGAAAACCUGGCCCAAAGGGCACUUCAGGAAACGACGGACCGCCUGGCCCACCAGGUGAAAGGGGACCGCAAGGGCCUCAGGGGCCAGUUGGGUUCCCUGGACCAAAGGGACCUCCCGGUCCUCCUGGGAAGGAUGGUUUGCCUGGACAUCCAGGACAGCGAGGUGAAACUGGAUUCCAAGGCAAAACUGGCCCACCAGGUCCUGGUGGAGUUGUUGGACCUCAGGGCCCUACUGGAGAAACUGGCCCAAUUGGUGAAAGAGGUCACCCUGGUCCUCCAGGCCCUCCAGGUGAACAAGGCCUUCCAGGUGCUGCUGGGAAAGAAGGUGCUAAGGGGGAUCCAGGUCCUCAAGGUAUCUCUGGAAAAGAUGGACCACCAGGACUUCGUGGUUUCCCGGGAGAAAGAGGAUUACCUGGGGCUCAGGGUGCAGCUGGCUUGAAAGGAGGAGAAGGUCCCCAAGGUCCCCCAGGUCCAGUUGGUUCGCCAGGUGAACGUGGCCCAGCAGGAACAGCCGGUCCCAUUGGUUUGCCAGGACGACCUGGUCCUCAAGGUCCCCCUGGGCCAGCAGGAGAAAAGGGAGCUCCGGGUGAGAAAGGCCCUCAAGGCCCAGCUGGACGUGAUGGAGUACAGGGUCCUGUAGGUCUUCCUGGUCCUGCUGGUCCAGCUGGAUCUCCUGGAGAAGAUGGUGACAAGGGUGAAAUUGGCGAGCCAGGUCAGAAAGGGAGCAAAGGUGACAAAGGAGAAAAUGGUCCUCCUGGACCGCCAGGUCUUCAAGGUCCUGUUGGCGCUCCUGGUAUAGCUGGGGGUGAUGGAGAGCCUGGUCCAAGAGGACAGCAAGGGAUGUUUGGGCAGAAAGGGGAUGAAGGUCCACGAGGUUUCCCAGGUCCUCCAGGACCCAUUGGGCUCCAGGGUCUGCCUGGUCCACCAGGUGAAAAGGGUGAAAAUGGAGAUGUUGGUCCAAUGGGCCCACCUGGACCCCCCGGCCCAAGAGGCCCUCAAGGGCCAAAUGGAGCUGAUGGUCCUCAAGGUCCUACUGGCUCAGUUGGUUCUGUCGGAGGUGUUGGUGAGAAGGGUGAACCUGGAGAAGCUGGUAACCCCGGACCUCCUGGAGAAGCUGGCACAGGUGGUCCAAAAGGAGAAAGGGGUGAAAAAGGUGAGGCUGGGCCACCAGGAGCAGCUGGACCUCCUGGUAUUAAAGGACCUCCAGGUGAUGAUGGACCAAAGGGCAAUCCAGGUCCUGUUGGCUUCCCUGGUGACCCUGGUCCCCCCGGUGAACCUGGGCCUGCUGGCACUGAUGGUACAGGAGGAGACAAAGGUGAAGAUGGUGACCCAGGCCAACCUGGUCCACCAGGUCCUUCUGGUGAAGCAGGCCCACCUGGACCUCCUGGAAAGAGAGGACCUCCAGGAGCAGCUGGGGCAGAAGGAAGGCAAGGAGAAAAAGGUGCAAAGGGUGAACCUGGUGCAGAAGGUGCUCCAGGAAAAACAGGCCCAGUUGGACCUCAGGGUCCUGCAGGAAAACCUGGCCCAGAGGGACUUCGGGGUAUUCCUGGACCUGUGGGUGAGCAAGGUCUACCUGGAACACCAGGUCAAGAUGGCCCACCAGGUCCUAUGGGUCCACCUGGCUUGCCUGGGCUAAAAGGUGACCCAGGUUCCAAAGGUGAAAAGGGACAUCCUGGUUUGAUUGGCCUGAUUGGACCUCCAGGAGAACAGGGAGAAAAGGGUGACAGGGGUCUUCCCGGCACACAGGGAACCCCUGGAGCAAAAGGAGAUGGAGGAAUUUCUGGCCCUGCUGGCCCUGUUGGUCCUCCUGGGCCACCAGGUUUACCUGGUCCUCAGGGUCCAAAAGGUUCUAAAGGUUCAACAGGUCCUAGUGGUCAGAAGGGUGAUGGUGGUUUACCAGGACCCCCUGGACCUCCUGGCCCUCCAGGUGAAGUCAUUCAACCUUUGCCAAUCCAGUCACCCAAAAAGACCAGGAGAUCUUCAGAUGCCAUGUUAGCGGAUGCAGCUGAUGCUAUCCUUGAUUACACGGAUGGCAUGGAAGAGAUCUUUGGUUCACUGAACUCUCUGAAGCAGGAUAUUGAGCACAUGAAAUACCCAAUGGGGACUCAAAACAACCCAGCCCGGACAUGCAAAGAUCUACAACUUUGUCACCCAGACUUCCCAGAUGGAGAAUAUUGGAUUGAUCCAAACCAGGGUUGUUCUGGAGAUUCGUUCAAAGUGUACUGUAAUUUCACAGCAAGUGGAGAAACUUGCAUCUAUCCCGAUAAGAAAUCAGAAGGAGUGAGAAUUUCAUCAUGGCCAAAGGAAAAUCCAGGAACUUGGUUUAGUGAAUUUAAGAGAGGCAAGCUGCUUUCAUACGUGGAUGCUGAAGGCAAUUCCAUUAAUAUGGUCCAAAUGACAUUCCUUAAACUACUGAGUGCCUCUGCCAGACAAAACUUCACUUACAACUGUCAUCAGUCAGUGGCCUGGCAAGAAGCUUCUUCUGACAGCUACGACAAAGCACUAAGGUUCUUAGGCUCAAACGAUGAAGAGAUGUCUUAUGACAACAAUCCUUACAUCAAAGCCCUACACGACGGCUGUGCAUCAAGAAAAGGCUAUGCAAAGACUGUUGUUGAAAUUAAUACUCCCAAAAUCGACCAAGUGCCUGUUGUUGAUGUGAUGAUCAAUGACUUUGGUGAUCAGAAUCAGAAGUUUGGAUUUGAAGUUGGUCCCGUCUGUUUCCUGGGUUAAGAUGAGAGCAAAGAGAAGAUGAUGGACAAAAAGAUGAUCAGCAAGUAACGAUGCACCUUGGUGCCACCAUCAACCCACUUGAUGCCACAUGCAAGUUUUGAAUAAGGAUGGUGUAGAAAAUGUGUCUCACCAGGUAAUACGUCUUCUCUAGAAAACACCCACUGCCCCCAUAGGAUGAGAAUCACAUGACUUAAACUUAUUUUGACAAAUUGUGAAGGAUGCUGUGGCAAAGGCAGGCAACAUAGGGCUAACUUUAUGAACAGCCUCCACCAUCCCAUUCCAACCCAUCUACUCCCCCCCACCCUUGAAUAUUUUGGUGCUGUAAAAUUGAAUGUCAUGGUGCUCCUUCUAUUAUAACAUAAGAGGUGCUAAGAAGGUGUGUUUAACAAACUGUAAUUAUUCUAUGUACAGUAUGAUGCUUUCCUUUCUGUGUCCAUUUCCAAAACUUGCAUGUGACCCUCAAUUGCAACUGGCUCCUAUCUUAUAAUAAUUUCAAAUGGUGUUGUCAACACUGUGUAUGUAUUAUGAAAAAUAAAGCUGUAAUUUCCAGUGAAUCAAUUCCAUAUUUUCCUGAUUAAUAAUAUUAAUAAUUAUAAUAAUAAAAAUCCCUUUGUAUA